AUGGCGUCUCGAAAAUCGGUCGAUAAAAUAUGUGCGUCUUUGGCUAGCCAACCAGCAAAACCCAAGAAACAGAAGGCGUCUAGGAAGAGACCAGCUGCAGUUGACGAUGAUUUACUGGAAGAAGAUUCUCACGAAAAACCAGAUUCGGAUGAAGACUUUGAAGCCUCGCAAUCGUCUGGGGAGACUACUUCUGAUAUUGAGAUGAGUGAUAAUGACACUGAAGUAGAAGAAAUACACAGUGUUCAGCCAGGAACUUCAAGAGCAUCAUCUGCAGUGUACGAAGUGACUACAAACCUCCCAAAACCCAAGAAAGUGAAGGUGAAUAAAAAAGAGAGGGGCUUCUCGCCCUUGCUAGAUUUACUCGAUGUGGCUCCAGUGACUACCACGAAUUUUUGCACAACUGGAGGAACUCCAUAUUUAUCAUAUAACGAGGAGUCAUGGAAUCCUCUGUUUUUGUAUCGGUUACCCUCUGACAUUGUUUUAUCCACCAUACGAGAACAUGGCACUGAAGGGCUUGGGCGUGCUGAGAUUGGCAGGAAACUUAUAAUGGACACCUCUGCAAAAGCUGGGAAUCGGCGCGUUUCGGCCUAUAUCCUUACAGCGUGCAACGAACAUCCUGAGCAUGUAGGGCAAUUUCAAAAAAUGGAAGGCAAAGUUCGGUGUAUCAAGUAUUUUUGGAAAGCAGAGAGUGAGCCUGAACAAUUUAAAAAGCUUUUCAAAGACUUUGAGAAGAUGGCUGGAGGGCCUGCCCUAUUUCAUUGGUGCAUGUCGUCAAAUUUCCUGAUUAGUACGCUACGGAUAUCUGAUGUGACGCUUCGCCGUCUAACUGACUUACUCGAAAUCGUUGCAAUCAAACGAGUUGUGGUUACAAUUCACAAGGUGUUAAAACUGGUCCAUGAACGGGAGCAAGCCUACGGAUAUGACUUCUUGGUAAUUUUAAUGGCUAAAAGCUCUACACUCGCCCUUUGCGAACUUGUGAUGAGCUCUGAUAAAGCAGAUGUUUUCCAGAUUGACAAAAAAUCACUGAUAAAGUGCCUGAAAGCGUUGGAAAAUGUGCACCUUAUUCGCGUUUUUGAGACAAGUGUUAUUGCUGAAAGCAUCGAGAACAGAAUCCAAAUUAUCUGUCAUCGUGACAUUCAUUCUACUGACGAUCCUGAGGUGACGCAGGCAAUUCAGGCCACGGUUGAUGAAUAUCACCAAGAGGGACGAGUUUUUCCUCAUGGGCAAUUAAGAUACUCUGUGAAGAAAAGAGCAGAAAUAGAAAGGCAAUCAAAGGUCCUCGAGGAAUCGUUCCAGGAUAUUGUUAAAGAUUACCAGAAUGGAAUUGAUCUACCGUCGCGAUACCAGCUCCUACGGCUCCAGAUAAUCAUCAUCCAUCUAAUGGAGAGGAUGGUCUGUCAAAUGGCAAAGAUAAAACUGUUUCCUCCUGGCGAAAAUUUUAAUGCCUGGCCUGUACGUUCAGAGGAUGAUUUGAAGGUUUAUGUGGAUGAGGAAUCACCUCUCCGGUUCCUUCCACCACUCCCCAAGUUCGGCGAUACUGAGAGAGGAUGGUUUAUGAUUCAAGACUUUCUAUUUGCUCUGCCGCUGUCAGCCUUCGUUCUGACUGUACAUGUCAACAAAAAAAUUGAUAAAGCCGUGUUGCAAUCAUACCUGUCGGACCCUAUUAAACGGCACAUCUGCAUUGGUUGCCUUCCCAAUGAAGUGCGGAAUCCCAUACUCAAGGACAAGAAAAUAGUCCGUCAAUUGGAGCACAUUAUGCUUACACUUUGCGCCUUGGGUUUGAUGGCGAUUGCUCCGAAUCCCGACGUCAAGCGUUUUGUAUCCCCUCGUUCGUCAGUGUUUUAUGUUAGCAGGAGUGGUACACUUUACGAUACAAGUACGAGCGGUCGCGGUUAUGCUUCAGUCACACUACCAUUGUCAACAUACGAUAAGUACAACUAUGAGUUCAAUAGUGUUGACGAUGUUGUACUUUAUUGGCAUCACCUGCGCGCCAUCGUGCAGUCUACUCCACUUGCUUUUCGAAAUGACGUAAACUCUGAGGAAAUUAGUUUGGUGAUCAAAGAUCCGCAAGAGAAGGUGGGUACUCUUCUACCCAUAGCACCUAACGAGGGUGUUGCUGGAUUCGAUUCUGCACUUUAUAUACAUUUGAAACGUCACUGGGACGUUGAUCCUGGACAGAAUUCAUGCGUCGGCUGGUUCAUUGCGAGGUUUCGGAAACAGUCUGACAAAGUCCGUAGUAUAGUUGAAGCCAGAGUAGCCAAUCUGAAGAAAGAUUGGAAUAGUUAUGUUAAAAGUCUUAUGCCGAGUGAAUUGGACUUGCUGAAAUCGAAAAAGCAAAAGAAUGCUACGCAGACGAAAGACGGUUUCUUUCCCACUGCUCGUAAUCCUGUGGCAAUCGACCCGACAGCUAAGAAAAGACCAAAUUUGAAAAAGCCGUCUACGCCCACGCUCAAAAUCUAUUCACAAUGUGGUAAAAAGAAGCGUCCAAUGGAUAGCGUAGAUCUUAUCAGUGCGCAAAAUCGGCUUCAUUUGCGCAGCCGAUUCAACUCGAGGGAAAGAGACAUGUUGAUUAUGAUUCGUGCAGUCGGCUUUUUCCUCAAUCCUGUGUAUCGGUUUUGGCUUGAUCCUGCUGUAGUGAGAGAUAUUAUGCAUGAGAACAUACCUGAAUCGCGAAGCAAGACCGUCCAGUCGCUCAUGGCAGCUGGUGUCCGAGAAAUGGUCCGACCUGCUCGACUGGCUUAUCUACAAAGGAUUGUCCGCAAUCUGUCAACCUUUCAGGAGAUGCGCGAUCUUCGUUUUCUGCUUGCAUCGUCUCCCUUGUCAACAUCUGAGGCAAAAGCCACCUUCUUCAGAAAUGCUUUUGAUGUUGCGAAUCGUCUCCUUUUCAUGGAGAGCCAAAUACUUCCUGUUCCGGCAACGUCCAACAAGCAAUUUGAGGAAUUCUUGAAGUCUAGUAAACUAACCAUAUCUCCGGAGCACACCAUUGCUGCUCCCUUACCAUUACGCUCGCAAGCUCCUACAUCACUAGAACACAUACACCACUGCGUAGCGAUAAAUAUACUCCUGUCCAUUCUCAUUCACUCAACAGAUGGGGCCUUUUCUGAGUCGAUACUUGAUCAGAUCUCUGCUGCAGUGAUUUCUAAUGCCUUGCAAGUUUUACGAGCCGAUGGACUCGUGUCCCGAUCUCGAUCUCUAGAUCCUCAGUUAAUGGUGAUAACAAAGAACCAAGCUAUACUUUCGUAUUAUUUCCGGCAUUUCUUUGCUCAUCGCUUCCAUCCUGACAUAGUAGAGCAAUCACUCAGUGUGUUCAACACUAUUGAUGACUCCAUAAAUGAAACAGAAGAAUUGGAAGGAGACCUUGCGGGUGCUCUUGUUGUUGCGUCCUCUUCCUUCUAUAACGACAGCAGUCUGGACGUUUGCGUUGAUGAUGAAGUUUUCACCAUGUUCGAAAGUGCAGCACUUUCAAACAUGGUGAACACUACGACGCAGUCGAUCAAGCAAAUCCGUUAUCUUGAAAAUGCUGACUUGCAUCUAGAGAAGAUACAUGUGUAUCAGGGUAGUGCUUCAGAGCACCCAGAGCUGCCACAUUGGCAGUCAUUGAUACACAUUAUUGAUUGGUCUCAGCCGGCGGACAAGCAUCCUCCUCCGCCAUUCGAAGAGUUUUUGUUAGACAUUCCUGUUUCACAAAGGAAAAGUUUGAGAUCUGUCUACAAGCCUAUCAAAGAAGCAGGAGCUACCGGUGCCAGAUUUUCCGACAUACAG